CAUUAGUACAUUCUCAUAAACCUUCACUUUGAAGGAAACUAGAAAGAGAGAGAGAGAGAACUAUGGUGAUGGUGGACCAAUGUAAUGCAAUGGAACCCACCUUCUGAUUUGUUUACACAUUUCUAUCCAUGUAGCUGAUACCAUUUUAUUUUACUAUUAUCAGAGCCUGCUUCCAUUCUAAUUGAUAACCUAUAAUUUUUAUUAUAGCUACAAGUCAAGAGUCAAGACAACACCUAUUAGUCCUAAUCAAACCCAUUGGGACCUCAAAUCAUAAUUUCUUGUCUUUUCGUUCUCUUAAUUUCUUUUUCAUUUUAUUGAUUUUCUUCAUCGAUCAUUAUAUUCUCUAGGUUUCAUCUUAUACUGCGAGAGACAAAGAAGAGACUGGAGAAGUGAGAGUGAUAACACAGAGGUAGAGACUGGGACAAGAGUUGAAUUCGAGGUUUAGAGUGAAAGCAGAGUUGGUCACCAGCUAAAUCUUCAUUAAAGUGAGAAUUUGAUUUGGUUUUUGCUUUUUUUGGGUCUUCAUUAUUAAAAGAAAUUUGAAUUGGGUAGUGUGUGUGGUUUUUGUAGGUUAAUUAAUUAAGUUCCAUAUCGAAUUGGGGAAAAUUCUUCAGUUCAGAGUAAGAGUUGAAUUUUUGGCUAGUUUAUGCAUUUGAGGUUAAGAAGCUUCAAUUGGGUAGAGUGAGAAUUUUGUUUAGGUUCCAAAUUUUAAAGAAAAUCAGAAACUUGGAGAAAAAAUUCCACGCGCACAUAUAAAUAUUAAUGUUGAGUGAGUUCUUCAAGAUCUAUUGAUAGUAUGGCCGUGAGUUCUGUGUCUGAAGUUGCUCAAAACGUUGGUCGAAUAAGGUACCCUGAUAUCUCAGAAGUGAUGUCUAGUAGUGAGGGAGAGAUUGUACCGGAACCCACAGAAAGAGUGACAGAAGAUACAAUAUAUGUUGCAGUGGGAAAAUAUGUGAAAGAGAGCAAAUCAGUCUUGGUAUGGGCGCUUCAGAACUCAGGAGGGAAGAAGAUUUGCAUACUUCAUGUUCAUGUGCCUGCACAAAUGAUACCCCUGAUGGGUACAAGGUUUCCAGCAAACUCGUUGAAGGAUCAGGAAGUCAGAGCAUAUCGUGAAAUUGAAAAGCAAAAGAUGCACAGAAGUUUAGAUGAUUACCUUUUUAUUUGUGAUCGAAUGGGGGUACAGGCAGAGAAGCUACAUAUAGAUAUGGAGUCCAUUGAAAAGGGAAUUAUUGACCUCAUCACCAAGCACAAGGUUACGAAUCUUGUUAUGGGAGCAGCAGCGGACAAGUACUAUUCAAGGAGAAUGAUGGACCUCAAAUCAAAGAAAGCCAUUUUUGUGUGCCAACAAGCACCUGGUUCCUGCCAUAUACAUUUUACUUGCAAGGGGCACCUCAUUCAUACCAGGAGAAGUAAUUUAGGUGGAACUGAUAUUGAGGUAACAUCUUUACCAGUGCAACCAAUCACUGAGACAGGACAAUCCAACAACAACUUGAGAUCUCAGUCUGUUAAUCUGGGACAGAGUUAUCAAGCAACAUUCACAAGUCAAGUUCAAGAUCCUUAUCGCAGGGUAAGAUCAGCAAAUAAUAUGAAAAUUGGGAGGAUGGUGAGCGAUAUUUCUUCCCUAGAUGGUUCUGAAGGAGGACUGUCAACUCCUCAGAACAAAAAGGAUGCAGAAGGAAGUUGUGAUGAAUGGGAUAUUGUACCAAGGACUCCAGCUUCAGGUUAUUCAACAUGCUCUUCCACUCCAGUGAUGGAUGCAGCUUUCAAUUCUUUUGUGAGGAAUGGCGGGAGUGACACUGGAUUGGACCUAACUGCACUUCCUCAUUCAAAAGAAGCUCUUACUCAUUCAUCCCCUCCAAGUGUAUUGGAUGGAAGUAUAGAUGAAACUCUUUAUGAUCAUCUUGAACAAGCAUUUUCUGAGGCUGAAAAUGCCAAGCGGGAAGCAUUUCACGAGGCAGUUAGGCGUGGGAAAGCUGAAAAGGAUGCUAUUGAUGCUAUACGCAGGGCAAAAGCAUCGGAGAGCUUAUAUGCUGAGGAAUUGAAACAUAGGAAAGAAGUGGAGGAAGCGGUUGCAAAAGAGAAAGAGGAACUUGAUAAAAUAAAGAACCAGCAAAAUGAAGUGGCGGAAGAACUUCGUGCAGCCCAAGAUCAAAAACUAUUACUGGAGAGCCAAAUUGCAGAGUCUGAUGAGAUGGUAAAGAAAUUGGAGGAGAAGAUUAUAUCAGCAGUGGAGCUAUUACAGAGUUACAAAAAAGAACGAGAUGACCUGCAGGUUGAGCGUGACAAUGCACUGAGAGAGGCUGAGGAGCUGAGAAGAAACCAAGGAGAGGGAACAAACACACACAUUCCUCAAUUCUUCUCUGAGUUCUCAUUCUUUGAAAUUGAGGAAGCUACCAAUAACUUUGAUCCAUCCUUGAAGAUUGGAGAAGGAGGGUACGGAAGCAUUUAUAGAGGUCUCUUGCGUCAUACACAGGUGGCUAUAAAAAUGCUCCAUGCUCAUAGCAUGCAAGGCCCCACAGAAUUUCAGCAGGAGGUUGAUGUGUUGAGUAAGUUGAGACAUCCCAAUCUUGUCACACUCAUUGGAGCUUGCCCAGAAGCAUGGGCCCUCGUAUAUGAAUAUCUCCCCAAUGGAAGUCUUGAAGAUCGCCUUUGUUGCAAAGACAAUACCUCACCAUUAUCAUGGCAAACUCGCAUAAGGAUUAUUACAGAGUUGUGUUCUAUCCUUAUCUUUCUUCAUUCCAGCAAACCUCAUGGUAUUGUACACGGUGAUUUGAAACCAGCCAACAUUCUCCUUGAUGCUAACUUCAUUAGCAAACUUAGUGACUUUGGAAUCUGCCGUCUGUUAUCUAAUGGUGAUAGUUCAUACAGUAAUACCACAUUGUGUUGCAGAACUGAUCCAAAGGGCACUUUUGCAUACAUGGAUCCUGAGUUCCUGUCAACAGGAGAGCUUACAUCAAAAUCCGAUGUUUAUUCCUUUGGAAUUAUACUGUUACGGCUGCUGACUGGAAAGCCAGCUUUGGGAAUAACAAAGGAGGUACAGUAUGCAUUGGAUCAAGGAAAGCUAAAAACACUCCUAGAUCCUUUGGCUGGAGACUGGCCAUUUGUGCAGGCUGAACAGUUGGCUCGCCUGGCGAUGAGGUGUUGUGAGAUAAACCGAAGGAGUAGAGCAGACCUCGGAUCAGAUGUUUGGAGGGUACUUGAACCAAUGAGAGCUUCGUGUGGAGGCUCAUCAUCGUUCCGGUUGGGUUCUGGAGAGCACUUUCAACCUCCUUCAUAUUUCAUUUGUCCCAUCUUCCAGGAAGUAAUGCAAGAUCCGCACGUGGCAGCAGACGGCUUUACAUAUGAAGCCGAGGCUUUGAGAGGAUGGCUGGAUAGCGGACAUGACACAUCUCCGAUGACAAAUCUUACACUGGAACACUGCAAUCUUGUUCCCAACCACGCUCUUCGUUCUGCCAUUCAGGAGUGGCUGCAGCAGCAUUGAUAUCUUUCACCUUUUCAUAUUGUUCUGGUUGUGAUAUUGCUUACUCAGUCACAGGCACACGCACUACACAUGCAUACAUACAUACAUAAUAAUUACAAGUUUCUCAUAUAUUAAAUAUACCACUUCUCCUUGGCCUUUGUGUUACUUAAUUCAAUGUAAGUUUGUGUAAAAACAACGCUGUGAUGAUUCUCACUCUCUUUGUAUAUAGAAAUAUAAACUCUUUUGCUUGAUAA